AUGCCAACCAACGAACCGGUCUCGAAUCCAAAUCGACCACAUCGCCGUCGGUCACCAGUGGCUAAGGUCGAUCACCGUCUGCCGCACCUGGGGACCGGCCUGCCGGAUAGUCCGAUGUCGGAUAUUAACAGUCAUUGUGAACAAAUGUUCAAAGCGCUAAUCACAGCCGGAACUUUUACUAUCGUGCAACCCAGCCAACCUCAUUCAGACAUUGGAUCAGAUAGCAACGUGGGCUUUGCCGGAGGCCCGGCGACAGGAUCCUCCCGAGAUUACGAAGUGUUUGUGUCGUUGGUGUUGUGUCUUUCGGGAUGGGGUCCCGUGACGCCGCCUGUGCUUGGCUCGACAGAUUGCAAGAAAUUAAGGCUGAUCGAUGCCAGUGGUGUUCAUGUUGUCAGUUUCUUUCCAGAUGGUCUGAGAAGACGGCCGGUCUUUUUGGUUGAUCCUACUGUUCGUAAUCUGAUGCAAGUUGGACAACAAACUGCUCUUGCUCUCAUAAUGGACUCGUUUAACGCUGCUCAACACUUGAGUGUGCUGCAGAGCAACAACCCCGAAAUAAUCGAGAUCGUCUGGCUACGUAGUGCCCUCCAACGGCGUGCCGACCACGGAGGCAAGUUGAUCACAUCGUCAUCAGUUAUCGAUAACACCGAUCAAUAA